GGCGGGAGGACACAGCUUGUACAAGUAGGUAUGAGUAAUACUAGAAAAUGGAGCCCCCAGGCUGGGGCAAGCGCCCCCCCCCCAGUCAUGGAGCUGACACACCACAGGAGCCAGCUGUGGUGCCUGCAGAGCCGUGCGCUGCAGCCCAAGGGAUGAGGCCUUGGCUGCUCGCACCGCCCCACGGAUGCUGUCCAGCAGCGCAGGCGGCUGCGUGGGCCCUUGGGUCAGACAGGGAGUGACAUGGCCUCUGCCCUGGAACCCCGCAGGGCCCAGGUGCCAACCACAAGCCAGCAGGCAUUGGGAGCUGCACCCCAGACACAUGCGUGCCCCCCCCCGUACACACAAUACCGCCCAUACACACCUGCACAACACACAAUAGCUCCCUCCCCGCACACACGCUCUAUCACAUGCAGCCCCACCAUGUACACACCAGCCAUGAACAAAUACUGGUGCACACAGGUAUGGAACUCCCCCAGCUGAGGCUGGGGCGCUGCACACACAGGCAGCCCCAUGCGCUGUGCACACAGACAGACAUGCACAAUCGCCUACACCCAGCUGCACACACGGCCGCACACCCUCUGGUCCAGACAGGCCGAUGCUCACUGACCCCGUGGUCCCUGCACACACCUGCAUGGUCCGGUCCGGCCCUGCCCACCCUGGGCUCUGGGCCUCGUCCCUCACUGUGGCCAGUGGGCAGCCAGGCGCAGCCCCAGGAGCUCUGAGCCCAGCAGCAAGCGGCUGAUUAUUUUUUUAUAGCUAAUCUUUCAAAUUGCAAUUUGUCUGGGACGAGCCAAUCCAGGGCCUGCCCUGUCACCCAGCCAAUGGGAGCUUAGCCCCAGCAGCUCAGCCAAUCGGGCCCCAGUAUUCUAAUAGCCCACACCUUUAUCAGAGAAAUGUUGCUUCUCCUGAAGUUAAACUUCUGUGGCAGGGACCUGGGUGCAGGUGCUCUGGGGUCAGCCUGGCCAGCCGGCCCCGGCAUCUCAUGGGCUUGGGCCUCAGCCUUGGACAGCACCUGGCAAGGUGCUCCCAGACCAGCCUGCCCCCCAGGAGCCCGCCUGGGUCACGUGGCUACCGUGGUGCCUGCUGCCUGGGCAGUGCCAGCAGCUGACGCCCAGGCCGGGCUGUAGGGAAACAGCAGGAUUGUGGCCAGCUGGCACGGCCCCCCACUGAGCCAGGCUGCCUGGGAUGGCUUUGCUAGCACGUGGUACGCAGCUGGGGCGCUAGGGGCCGGCUUGGUGCAUUCGCUGGCCUCUGCCAGGGCGAAGCAGCGCCAUGGACUCCAACCUGCAGGGGACUUUCCUGCUCAACAGCCCCUCGCUGGCCCCCUUCCCGGAGGCGAAGGCCCCCAUGUGCCAGUAUGCGGUGCAGAACUCCUUCUACAAGCUCAGCCCGCCAGGACUCAGCGCCCAGCUGGCAGCUGGCACGCCGCACGGCAUCACCGAUAUCCUGAGCCGGCCAAACAGCAGCCUGCUCUCAGCCUACCCCCACGCAGGCGGCUUCAACGGCCUGGGCUCCCAGCCCGUCUACUACGGAUCCCAGGUGGGGCCCUUCGCCAAGGCAGGGAGUGACUACCCAUCCCGGGGCAGGGACUGCUGGGCAGACCCCGGUCAGGACUGGCGAGGAGGCCGACCGUGCGGCAGCACCCCGACUCACCUGGCCGACAGCAUCCACAAGAAGAAGCACACGCGCCCCACCUUCACCGGCCACCAGAUCUUUGCGCUGGAGAAAACCUUUGAGCAGACCAAGUACCUGGCAGGGCCUGAGCGGGCGCGUCUGGCCUAUUCCCUCGGCAUGACCGAGUCGCAGGUGAAGGUGUGGUUCCAGAACCGACGGACCAAGUGGCGGAAGAAGAGCACGCUGGAGCCCUCGUCCUCCUCGCAGCGGGCGGUGGGCGAGCGGGCCGCCUCUGAGACCGAUGACGACGAGUACAACAAGCCCCUGGACCCCGACUCGGACGACGAGAAGAUCCGUCUGCUGCUGAGGAAGCACCGGGCUGCCUUCUCGGUGCUCAGCCUGGGAACCCACAGCGGCUGAGCCCCCAGCCCCCUGCAGCGCCUGGCACUGGCCCCGUGCCCGAGACGCCUGUGCACCAGUCUGCACGCCGGCUGCUCGGAGCCAGAGACACGCAGAGCAGCGCCCGAGCUGGCAGGGGCUGCUCUGAGCAAGAGGGGUCGAGCCGUGAGGUACAGGGUCCUGGAGCCUGCCUCCUCCCCGGCUGAGUCGUGAGGGGACAGGAGCAGCCCUGACCCCACAGGAGCUGCCAGCGCAGCCUUGGGCCAUAGAGCCAGGCUGCAAAUGGGAAAGGGGGGGCUCUGCCUCUGUCCCUGCCCCACGCUGGGAGGGGGCUGCCCCCAACCUGGGCAGGAGGGAGCCGGGCUCCAGCAUGUCCCGGGUUGUUGGUGUUACAGACCUUGCCGGGCCAUGAGCAGUGAUGAAAUAAAGGUGCCAGCCCCCUCUGCAUCUGAGCAGUUAUUUGACUAUGGCGCGUCCGUGGGUGCAGCUGGCUGGGGCAGUAGCAGAGUGUCGACGGCUGGGCUGCCUGGUGGGGGGAGGGGUUAAGCUGUAACCCAUUGAACCCCCCACUGAGCAAAGGGUCCCUGCGGGGGCUGCACCGAGAGGCGGCUGGCCUGGGCCUUGGCUCAGAACGCAUCCGGGGGGCGGCGCUGGGGACACUCAAUGGGGAGCAGCCAAAAAGACGCUGGCACGCAGUCCCGACAGCACUGCUGUGGGGAAGGGUGCAGUCCUGGAGCCGCCAGCACUAGAUUCUUGCGGGUACAUUAUUUAUUAAUUAAUUAAUUUGAAGUUUGACCUGGGGCGUUGCCCCAUCUUUCCUCAUUAGCCCAGCCCUGCUCUCUGCCCCAUGGACUCAGCAGGCCCUGCGUGCUGUCACCCUGCUCCCGCCUGAGUCAGUGCCGGUCACUGGGCCGGGCGAACCCGACCCGCGCGGCUCCAUGCAGGGCGGGUACUGCGGCAGGUGGGGUCUGAGGCCGGGCCAGCGGCGGUUCCAGUGGCACUGUUCAUGCACAGGCACUAACACUGUGGGUGCUGCUGCCCUGAGCCACAGAGACCCAGCCCAGCAGUAAGGGGCGAUGGCCAUGGGAUGCUGGGGAGCCACCCAGACAGGCCAGGAGCAGCAUGACCAGUCCCAGGUGAGAGGUUAGGCCAACAGCCACAGCAACACUGUUGUACACCAGCCUCUCCCAGCCGGGGUGCUGUGGGGAGCAGGGUCAGCGCCCUGGAGGGGGAGGGGAGCUCUGGGUUUCUUUGCAGCAGGUAGCUCUCGGGUGCUCAGCAUACCCUGAGCUACUGCAUGAGGCACCAGUUCAAAAGUCGCUCGUUAGGCCUCUUGUUGGAACAUAUUAGCAGCAAAUAAAUACCAUUUAUCUUGGGGCGGUGAGUGAAAGCCCAUUCACCUGUCGCAGCCACACGAUUGAUGCUGUGUCAAUAGCAAAGGAGUGUUUACUGCCACUCCAGCCUGCGCACGGCCUCCGUCCACCCUGUGCACAGGUCACAAGCAGGCGUGCGCAGAGCAGCGUGUGUGAGCAUGUGCGCGCUCGCCAAUGCUAGGCCCCAGACCAGCUUGCCCAGCCCCUCUUGGGCUGCCUGCAGGGUGUGUAUGGGCUGCCCCCAGGGGGCUGGGCUGGCCUGCGCUCAGAGCUGGAGCCAGGCUUGCUCUGCGGUGCACUGGGGGGUGGGGGUGGGCUACACACCAUAUGUUCAGUUGAAGUACUGGCACAGUCCCUGCACCAGGGGAUGUGUGCACACUUGUGCAAGCAUGCAACAUUCCUG